AUGGCUCAUCAAGGGUUGAGAGCCCUGAUCGAUAUCAAUGAAUGGAAUCCCAGUUCACCAAUCACUGGGGUUCGACACGAAGGAUACUAUCGCACAAACGCCGAACAGUCCUACCUGGCUGCGCAAUGUGCCAAUGUUCUGGUGCCCCGCGAGCCAGGCGAUGCCCACGUUCGUAACCCGGCUGGUACUUCUCCAGACGGCACGUUCUCAACAGUUGGAGGCACAGGCUUUCCGACCUUCCGUUGUCCCAUCUCACGUAUCGGCGCGCUAACCAAACCCCCUUAUUUCCAAGGCCUUAGGAUUGUGUCUUGGCCAGGGAUGAAGCGACAGGACCUGACACGUCCGGUCUCAGGUUCUGAGCGGGUGGACGGGGAGCUUUAG